AUGAAGGUGGACUUAGAUUUUGCUACAGUAACUAGAGAUUUCUGGAUACUUGUUCGAAGGCCCAAGGGUGCUAACCCAGAGAGGUCCAUGUUUGGGUCCAGGGCGCCCGCCGCCGCCGCCGCCUCCGAGCGCUCCCGGGCUGCAGGCCGGGCGUCCCCGAGGCCGGGGCCGCCGAGCGGGGCCGCGCCAGGUGAGCCCCUGCAGGCGCGCUCCGCAGCAUGCUCGGGGCGCCGGGAGGGCGGGCCGGGGGCGCCGGCGACACGCGAGGCCCGGCGCCCCCUCCCACUGCCGGGGCCGAGCGUCCUUCCGGCGCUCAGCGGCGCUCAGCGGCGCUCAGCGGCGCCGGGGUCUCCGCCACCGCCGGGGACGCGACCAUAUCCCGGGCAGGAACCUCACCGAGCCUGGGGGGACCAAGCCCCGGAGCAAGCCGGCGACCCCCUCGUCCAGCGCGGCUCCCGGUCCGCGGCUAGGUCCCCGAGUCCCGGAGGCGGGAAGCAGCAGGUGGGCAGAUCCGGACGUCGUGAGUCCUCCCGGGACGGGGCGGCCACCGCGGCAGGGGCAGCCCCUCCCCCGGCCGCAGCUGUCCCGGCCAAAAGUUUUACCUGCCGCCGAAGCCAGGUGUUCCCGCGGCCGCCCCUGGCAGUGGCGGGGCUGCCCGGGGGGAGGGGGUGGGGACCCCAGCUCUGUGCGGGGAGCGGCGCCCCCAGCGCCCCCGCCCAGCCCGGAGACCCUCGGGCCCCGCCCGGGAGGCCCGCGGCGGGGGAGGACGCGGCGGGAGGGGGCGUCCCGGCAGGCGGAGGAGCAGAUAAAGGCGCACGCUGGACCGGGCGCCGCCGGCCCAGCCGCGCGGGGACUGGGAGGCGGAGCGCGCGGCCAGCGCCUCGCCGGCCCGCGUCCCCCCCCCCCGGGGCGCCCCGGCUUUGCUCGCGACCCUUAGGAAGGACGCGCCGCCGCCCCCACCUUUGCAGUGUGAGUCACCCCGCGCGCGCCGCUGAUGACUCGUGCUUGAGCUUGGUUCGUGAGAGGAGCCCAGCCUUAUAUGGACUGAUCGCUCGGGCAAUGGCCCAUUUUUUCCUCGCCACCAGCCGCCACCGCGCGCCGAGCGGCCGCCGGAGCCGGAGCUGACGGC